AUGAUAAACUAGAUGGGCGAAAUGUACAAACAGCUGGGAGGACAAGAAGGAGCUACAUUGUGUGUCUGGAAUUCUUUGAAACAGAAUUUUGGAGUGCUGGGGUUGAGCUUCAUAUCAAAAUGAAUCUUUUCUGUUUUUCAUUGGAAGGCUCCAUGGACAGCUUGUAUGAACCAGUCCAAGAGCACCAAGAACCGAAAGAGACCAUUAGCAUCAGCAGCAGAGCCAGCACUCCACUGAGCACCUAUGUGAAAUGUGGACCUCCAGAGAGAUCUCUGUCUUUGGAAUUUUCUGAUUUUGAGAACACUCUGACAAGAAAGAAAAAAUCCAUCCAGAAGUCCAUGUCUGAAAAUGAAGCAUUUGACAGGAAAAAUGUGAAUGGCACACUUUGGCAGAAUUCCAAGAAGCCUGAGAAUGAUUCGUACAUCACAAGGCACUGUCAGCUUGAAGAGCGCAAAGAAGAUUUUCUUAUUGGUGAUAGAAUACACUUACUGCAAGGAAAAAAGAUAAAAGAAACUACAUGUCAGGUGAUGACUUAUGAACAGUGGAUCCCACCUCGAGUUCACAAUCUGACAGAGCCCAGUGCCAGUGAAACGGUUACAGAAUCAGACGACAAUAAAGCUGAAUCAAUGGGAACAUUAAAACGAUUGCAGAAAUUGGUCAGAACCAAGAAAGCCAGUAUACAUAGUUUGGAUGACGUCAAACAUGUUUUGAUACCUCUCAAUCCAUCACCUGACGCCUCCUGUCUCUCUGAAGAAGACGAGGAAGCACUGAUUUCCUGCAUGAAACUAACAAAGUCCCAGGAAAAGAAGCUCUGGAAAGACAAUGCUAGGCGAAAGGAAGAAACUGAGACUAGAGCAAAUUUUAUUUCAGCUUCAUUGGGUAGAUCUUAUACUUCUAGACUGAGCAAUAUAGGAAAUAUUUCCAUCCAUUCAGAAACUGAAUUUCAGCUAUGGAGUGACUGGAAGCCUUUUCCCAAUAAUCAGCUCUGUCCAUGUGAUUUUGUGAUCUCAAAAGUAGAAAAGUGGGAAAAUUGUACUUGUUCUCAUCAUCCACAUCUUACUUGCUCCGUCACUGAUGUGGAUCUUCCAUAUUCAUGGCGCACAAGCAGUUUUGGAAGCUUUGACCGUUUUAGACACCAUUCAGUAUCCAAAGCAGAUGAUUCAGAUGAGAUAUGUGAAGUGGAGACUGUAAGUGACAUUGGAGAUCCAGGACAAAAUAAAAUGGCAGGUAAUGGAGGAAGUUUAGGAAAGAAGAUGCGGGCCAUUUCCCUAACUAUGAAGAAAAAGAUGGGUAAAAAGUACAUCAAGGCACUCUCUGAGGAUAUGAAUGAAGAAGGAAAAGAAGAUUCCUACUCUCACAGUGACCCUGGGGAUGGAACACACACAGAAAAAGUCUGCCUAAAAGCCAGUGACUCCAUGGACAGUCUCUAUAGUUUGAACAGUGGCCAGAGCUCAUCUAGUGGAGUGACUAGCUGUUCAGAGGGAACCAGCAACAGGGACAGUUUUAGACUUGAGGAUGAAGUCCCUUACACUGGACCCUUCUGUGGACGAGCCAAAGUACACACUGACUUCACACCGAGUCCUUAUGAUACGGACUCUCUCAAAAUCAAGAAAGGAGACAUUAUAGACAUCAUCUGCAAAACCCCCAUGGGUAUGUGGACAGGCAUGCUGAAUAACAAGGUGGGGUACUUCAAAUUCAUUUACGUCGAUAUUAUUCUGGAAGAGGAACUCACGCCCAGGAAGAUAAAGGCACACAGAAGGAGCAAAAGGGCCAAGCCUAAAUCUCUGCAGGAACUUUUGGAGCGGGUCCAUCUUCAGGAAUACUCAUCUACUCUCUUGCUAAAUGGCUAUGAGACUUUGGAGGAUUUAAAGGACCUACAAGAGAGCCAUUUGAUUGAACUAAAUAUUACAAACCCAGAAGACAGGUCAAGAUUACUGUCUGCAGUUGAAAAUCUCCAGGACUAUGAAAAUGAACAAGAACAUGAAAAUGAGCAACAGCCCCUGACCUUAAGCCCUGAUCCCAGCUUUAACAAGUCACAGUUAAAUGACUGUCCAAGAGACUCUGGCUGUUACAUCUUAUCAGAAAAUUCUGAUCCUGGCAAAGAAGAGCUAGAUCCAGAAAACUUAUCUGACAUAGUACAGACAAUUACCAUCACUGAGUCAAACUGAUUCUGUAUCAGUGCUUUGCAGGCAGGACUACAGGCUGCACCACGCAAAUCCGGGACUCUCUGGUCUAGCAACAUCCAUGAUCUGGCAUGACCAUGAAUGUUCCUGGAUGAGAGAGCCCCGGAGCAGGACGAUCAACAGCUGGGAGCCCAGCACAGUCCAGCGAGUUUGAUAGCAGCUGAGCCGCAGCAGCCCAGGCAGCAGCAGACCACAAACUGGGCUGUCUGUCACCCAGUAGCGGGGCUGGGGCCCCAGCAACCCAGGAGGGAAAGCCUGGCCCAGGCCACAUCAGCAUGGGCAGCAGCAGGACCGCAGCAGCAUGCACGGUGGCGACAGCAGCAUGAUUGGGGCUGCCUGCCACCCAGCAGCGGAGCCAAGGCUGCGGCCGCAGAAGCCUGGACAGGGAAGCUGGGCCAGGGCCACAGCAGCCCAGACAAAGCAGCACGGCUAGGCCAAAGGAGACAAGAGCAGGAAGGGGUAGCAGGCUGAGGGGUUGGUGCCAGGGGGACCCUCCCAUUGUCGGCAAAUUCUCUCAUCCAGGAUCGGUCAGCUCUCAAGGGUGCUGGACCAUUGAGGUCUCACCUGUAUUGUAUACAUUAAGCUAAUUUACUAGUGGGGCAGUACAGUAACAGCUCCAAAAUAUUCUCAACAUAGAAAGUAGUCUUAGGGUUUUCAGCUGACAUAUCUGUACAACAUUUUUUACUUUAUUCAGUGUAUGGACACUGUAGCUGAAUUCUGGAUGACAAGAAUAAUGUCUCCUACUUUCCUUGUUUAUUAAUUCUUGAACAGAUGGCUGAAGGGAAAAAUAACUGCAAUAUAAAUAUAUAUAUUUGUAUAUUAAAUGCAUUUUCUAUAAAAAAGGGAGAGAUUUAUCCGGUGGCACAUAAUCCUGGAUACUGUAACUUUUGAAACAUUUUGAAAUAUUGUAAAUAAUGUACAUAUUUAUCUUAAAAGCUAAAUGUUAAUUACUGUCCUUUUUAUCUUCUAAUGAAUGUUUUUCUGGUAUUUAUACAAAACAUGCUUUUCAUCAAUAUACCUUUAUAUUACAAAGGUGAUUAGAUUCAUAUUCUACUAUAAAAAAUACUGGGUCUGAGUCUCAUUUACAUUAAAGCUGCUUUAUACCACUCUGCAUAAACUGCUCUUAAAGUGGGCAUCACAUGUAAUUUACUGCCAUUUUAAAGCCUCUUUACAUUACCAUGUGGUGCAAAGAGGCCUUAGUGUAAAUGAGAAUCAGGCCCUCUAUCUUCGUUAGCCUUUAGGAAUAACUUGCGGUCUGAAUUUAAUUCUUAACUGGCAUUUUUUUUAAUUUAUCUUUUUUUAUUGUUUUCAUUCUUUCUAAACAUUGUAAAAUGAAAGAGACCGCUGGUAGUAGCAAACCGAUAUCCACAGUGAGCUUUCAUUAUUAUUUUUGGUGAAAUUCCUUUGUUUUGUACUUAAAAUUAAAUUUGUUAGUAGAAAUACUUGUUUGUAUGCUAAAGCCAAUAGCUAAUGCAUUGGUGUAUAUUAACAGUUUCCUCCAUACAAAAACUAAUAUUCAUUUCCUCCAUGUAUUUUAAAAUAUAUCUUUUAUGUUCUUUUUCCCUGCUUCUUGCAGUAUUUCCUUUGACAAUAAAUAGAACUAUGUGAUUGAGACUCUUAAAAACUCUUAUUUUUUAAUGUGGGCACUAUCAUCUAAAAUACAGUACUUUUUUAAU